CAUGGGGCUGUGUUUGUCCCUCUGUGUUCCAGCUCGCCGGGUCUGGAAGAACUACCUGCCUGCCAUCAACGGGAUUGUCUUCCUGGUGGACUGUGCAGAUCACUCGCGGCUUAUGGAAUCCAAAGUUGAGCUUAAUGCCCUAAUGACAGACGAGACAAUAUCCAAUGUGCCAAUCCUUAUCCUGGGUAACAAAAUCGACAGACCCGAGGCCAUCAGCGAGGAGAAACUGCGGGAGAUCUUUGGGCUCUAUGGACAGACCACGGGAAAGGGAAACGUGCCCCUGAAGGACCUGAACGCGCGCCCCAUGGAGGUGUUCAUGUGCAGUGUGCUCAAGAGGCAAGGCUACGGCGAGGGCUUCCGCUGGCUAUCGCAGUACAUUGACUGACACGAGAGUUCCGCUCCUCUGGACUGAUCCUGUUCACAGCUUGCUAUGGACUUUUCUAUUAGACACGGAAGGCUUUCCAACCGCAUUGACCAAGAGACUCCUGGUUUUCCGGCUGCCCUUAUGGCACAGUGGUGACACCGCUCUUUUCCACGCGGUGGGGAGGCAGCGCCGUUCCGCAGGAGUUGUCCCUGGCAGCGGGGCUGCUCCGGUCUGGGAAGUCAAAACUCUGCACGCUGCUCUGUAACAGCUGAAAAAGAGAGCACGUCUCACCACUGUGGUUUAAUUGACUUCAAAAAAAAAAAAAAGAAAAAAACGAAAAGGAAAAAGCAAUUAUAUUUUUUAAAGAAAGUGUUAAUGUAAACGGCGUCCCUCCUAACUUUUUAGUUUAACGUUCAUCUUGUUUAGUCCAGAGUCUGGUUUAGGGUUUUUUAAAAAUAUAUUUAACGAUAUUUAGGUAUUUCACGAAUUACUGAACCAAGGUAUCACGGUAUUAGAAGUCCUCAAUAAACAUAGCAUUUGGGCUUAACUGAGCUGUAGGGUGGCUGUGCUGUGUCACGCUGACCGACAACGACAUCAACGACGUGCCGUUGGGACUGAGGUGUGCAAUCCCAGCUUCUUUAGUUUACAGGGAUUUUUUUUUUUUAUUUUUCCUAGUUGGAGAGGAGCACCUGGUGCAGGUUUGGGGGGUGGUGUCCGGCACUCGCUGACAGUGGGAAGGGGCUGCCUGGUUCCACCUCAGGCCAGACUCUCCCAUCGAGGGCGUCGGGUCCUCUGGCUGCGCCAUCGCAGUGAGAACCACAAAGCUGUUUUGGUUGUUGUAAGCAUGGAAGUGUUUGACAUUUGCAUAUCAUGAAGUUAUUAAUGUAGACUAAACCGGUUUCUUUUA